AUGGCCGCAUCAAUCCCAGCACCGCAGCCGCAAUGGCUACGCGACCUCAACGCACAACCGCUCGUGAAAGCGAAAGCCACGUAUCCAGACCCACCGGGCUACAGCGCACCACAAGCCCUCACCAGAUCGAGCAAUAAGAAAGCCGUCACUGCGAGGAAACCACCGUCGCCAGAGGAGAUGGAUAGCUUGAAGCUGAAGAAAGCGUGGGAGCUGGCUCUUGCACCAGCCAAGCAAUUGCCCAUGAACGCGAUAGGGAUGUACAUGACGGGCAACAGCCUGCAGAUUUUCAGCAUCUUCAUGGUCUUCCAGCUGUUCAAGGGACCCAUACAGGCUCUCCUCAACAUCCAGAACACAUUUGCAAGGUUGGAAAGCGAGAACAAUAGGGAGAAGAUGCUGCUGGUCAAGCUGGCAUUUAUCGGAUGCAAUCUCUUGGCGCUAGCAUUGGGCAUAUGGAAAGUUAAUGGAAUGGGGCUGUUGCCAACGACGAGAUCGGACUGGCUUGCUUGGGAAACGGAGCGAGAACCGCUGGAACGGGCAUAUUUUGUGCCUUCGUAA